AUGAGCGGGGUCGAUGUGCGUGUGCAUGUCGCGUCGCACCAGGUUUGCCAAGAAUCUGACUUGGACAAGGUCGCUUCAAAGGCUCCUCGAGCCGUGGUGGUGAUUCCGCAGCUGGCCGACGAGGAGAGCCCGGAAGGCUGGCAAGUCCUGGGGGAGACACCGCAAAGGGUGGAAGCUUCCGUGCGCGAUAUGCUGGGAAAGGCAUUGCAUGACCUGCAGCACGAGAUUCCAGAGCACCUGCAGGAGCACCCGGCAGUGAAGGCCCAGUGCUUGAAGUUGCAGGACUUGCUCAGUUGCAACCAAGAGUUCGGCAUUGAACUGCGACACAUGGACGGUGAGGAUGGUGCUGUCCCGGCCUGGGUAGAGACCUUCUUGGAGGGAGGUGACCCGCGAGACCACGCUGCUUCGGAAUGGAAAGAUCCGAUUGAGGACACCCGGCUUGAUCGUGACCGCCGUGACCGUGCUGCAGAUGCAGAGCCUGCAGAGCCCACAGAACUGGGCUCGCCCGCCUCGCUGAAGCGCUGCGUCAUCGCACCUGGAAAUGGCUGCUCGCCGAUCAAGGAGGCGAAUUGGUACUUUUGGCUGGCGAAGAGCUUGAAUGGCAAGAAGCUUUUUCAGGAGGAGGUUGUUCUUCGGGACUUCCCAGACCCUUGCGAGGCGAAGCGUGAGAUCUGGCUGAAGUUCAUGAAGGAGGAGCUUUUGGUGGGACCUGACACGGUGCUUGUCGGGCACUCCAGCGGUGCGCAAGCAGCUAUGCGGCUGGCGGAGGAACAGAUCAUUGGUGGCUUGGUCUUGGUGGCUGCUUGCCACAGUGAUUUGGGAGAUGCAGGAGAGCGCGCUUCUGGAUACUACCCGCCAAAAGGAGGGCCGUGGAACUGGGCCAACAUCCGAAGAAACACCGGGUGGAUUGUGCAGCUGCAUUCCACAGACGACCCCCUGGUUCCUGUCUCGGAGGGGCGUGUCGUGGCUGAGGAGCUCCAAAGCAAAUACAUCGAGUUGAGCGGCCGGUCCCAUUUCUUCGAGCCCUGUAAGGAACUCUUGGAGGCCAUUUCUGGCAAGCUGAAGCAGUGA